UUCUGUUUGACUGCUGCACCAAGGAGGGGGAAUGGAUCCGAUCGUGGAAGUUGUGGCUUUGAUUUUGGGGUUCAUUGGAUGGGUAAUGGUGGGAAUCGCUCUGCCAAACCGUUACUGGAAGACCUCCACCGUCGACGGGAACGUCAUCACCACCUCCACCAUCUAUGAAAACUUGUGGAUGUCAUGUGCGACAGAUUCGACCGGGGUCCAUAACUGCAGGGAGUUCCCUUCACUGCUCGCUUUGAGUGGCUACAUCCAGGCAUCUCGUGCCCUGAUGAUCACGUCGAUAGCGUUGGGCACCUUUGGACUGGUGGGGGCCCUGAUAGGAAUUCAGUGUUCGAAGGCAGGAGGGGAAAACUAUGUGCUUAAAGGGAGGAUUGCUGGUACUGCUGGAGUCUUUUUCAUACUUCAAGGUGUGUGCACAAUGAUCUCAGUCUCCUGGUACGCCUUCAACAUCACUCAGGAAUUCUUUGACCCAUUCUAUCCUGGGAUAAGGUACGAAAUUGGAGAGGGGCUUUACAUCGGCUGGUGCUCCGCUGUGCUCGCCAUCGCAGGAGGAGCCUGCCUGACCUGCUCCUGCAAAAUGGGCACAGAGGAAAAAUACCCUUUGCCUUAUCAGACCAGGGGAACUGCGUAUUCUGGAGCUGCUCCGACCAGAAGCGUGGCCGCCAGCACUUACGGCCGAAAUGCUUAUGUUUGAGCAGGACAUGAAAACAGAACUGUGUCGAUCAAAUCUCUUACAAAUGCCUGGGGUCAACUUUUUCAUC